UACUUUUUUUGUAAUGGAGGUUUGCAUGCUCAAAUUGAGCUGAGAAAUGUGCUGUUGGUGAAACUGUUACUGGCAACGCUUCCCAUGCUGAGUAGCUUGAAGCUAAGUAACCGUAUGAAGUAUGUUGUACAGAUAGAAGGGACUUUUGUAUAUGAUGGUCACUUGUACUGGGGAGGAGAAACCCAAAAUCAGAAUUCUUACCAGCCAUGUAGGUUGUCAAUGGGAGGUCAGUUACUUCUUUCAUAAAAGGCAACUCAUAAGUUUCUUACCAAUCCAUAAGUGCAAUGGGCUAAAACAAAACAACAGGUUUUAAAGUGUGAAAAUCAUCUGCCAUGAAUGGGACAGAAACUGUAGUUUUCCAUAAUGUGAAGAAUGGGAGAGAUUCUGUUUUACAACCGUCUGUGUAUUAUGACAAUGCAUGAUUUUAUAAACUCAGGUAAUGAAACAUACAUGGACAGUUGAUAUGUGGACAGUCAGGAGUAUACUAUACAUCUUUUGUAUAGUAAUACUUUUCUUGAGGUUUUGUUGUACUGUUAUAGCGGCUUUGUUGCUUCCGUCAAACUGCUUUGCAUGUUUUACAUGUUUUGUUUGUGAAUGCUUUUGUUUUCUCUUUGCAAGGCUUGGUCAUGUUUGUGUUCCUUGCUCUUUCUCUCUUUUCUGUUUUAGACGCUUUUUAUGAUGGACGGUUAUAUCGUUGUGGUAUUAAGUUUAGUGGCGAGAAUCUUAACGAGGCAAGUGACGGUGAAGCUAACGUAGCUUCUGUCUCGUCGCCAGAUUGUCAGCAAGAAAGUGAUGACGAAGACUGGGAGGAGAGAGAGGCCUCAAGGACACAUUCUGUCAAGUUUACCGAUGAUCUGGACCAAGAUCAGAACAAAGAGACACCGUUUGUUCGGCAAAAUACACCACAUCCUAAGGAACUGAAGGCAAAGGCAUUUAAAUUAUUUGGCAAAGGAAAGGCUCCUGAUGGAAAGGCUGCUGGUGGAAAGGCGGUUGAUGGAAAGGCUGCUGCAGAACAAUUGGAUGCCAGUAAAGUUCAGUUUGAACCAGAGAAACAGACCUCUGAGAUGGAGCCACUACCUCUGAGUGAGCUGAAUUCACAUAUGGACACAUCUGUGAAAGAUGUGGAUGACACAAAGGAGGUGGGCAAUAAAAUUCCAUCCAAACAAGUCAUCAUGACUCAGGCGCCAGCCACAGUGAUAUCUUCAGAACCUGAGAACCAAUUGGCUUCUGAAGCUCAGGAGUCUGGAAGUGAAGAGAAAGAGUCAAGUGAGAUGGAGGUUGAUGAAGAUGCAAAUGAAGAUCAGGAGGAUGAGGAGACUGAAAAGCAUGUUGGCUUUGAGGUGGAAGAGGAGGAGGAUGCUAGUGCAAGACCAAACAGACUGCAUCGUCGGGACACGCCACACCACCUGAAAGACAGGCGCAUCAAUGUAAACCUUGAUCACAGCAAGGUAGCAUCUAUUAUUGCACAGGCUAUCAGUAAGAAGAAGGAGGAUGAUGUAGAUAAAGGUAGUUUCUAUCCUACACCACCAGAGUCAGUUGGAGAACAGAGCCAAGCAACCUUGAGAGAGCAUCAUCGACUGGUUUGUAUCAGUACACAGUACAACAUGCUCUGUUGUUUGUCUGCUGAUGCAGUUGACAUGUUGAAAGCACAACGAACAGCUGCUGGCUUGGGUCUCUCUAUAGCAGGUGGUAGAGGUUCUACUCCUUUCAAAGGAGAUGAUGAAGGAAUCUUCAUCUCUAGAGUGACUGAGGGUGGACCAGCAGAUCUUUCAGAUCUCAGGGUGGGUGACAAAGUGCUAUCAGUGAAUGGCCAGCCUGUAGUUGAUGUUGGUCAUUAUGAUGCUGUUGAGGUGCUGAAGAAGUCGGGUUACAAAUUGGUGCUUGUGGUGACAAGGGAAGUUCCAAGACUUGUCCCUGUUACAGCAAAGCUUCCUGAGAUUACACCAUCUCCAUCCCCUGGUUCUACUCCAACCUUCAGGCAACAUGGUGUUGCUUCCAACCUAGAUUCUGCUUGCUCGAGCCUUGGCACCAGUCGAGCGCCAAGUGCUACUUCUCAUGUGUCUGCUACAACUUCUGGAUUUGAAAGUGCGAGUAAGGGAGAGAAUGGUCAAGUUUCUGGAGAUCAUAACCAUGAACAUAAAGCAAAGCCUCAGCCUAUUAAGAAGAUACCUGAACCAAUCAAGACAUCAAAAGAUGUUGAGACUCGCCAACAGACUGUCCACAUAACAUUAAUCAGAGACCAGAAUGGCCUCGGGUUCAGCAUAUCUGGUGGCAAAGGAUCUCCACCUUAUAAAGAUAACUCUGAUGCCAUCUACGUUUCUCGAAUAACGGAAGGUGGUGCAGCUGAAAAGGAUGGAAAAUUACAAGUGGGAGAUAGGGUGAUAUCAAUUAAUGGUGUUGACAUGGAGGGUGCUCGACAUGACCAGGCAGUAUCAAUGCUGACUGGUCUUGAGAGAUUUGUCCGUCUGGUGGUGGAGCGAGAGGUGUUGGUUCCUCGUGAGUCAUUGUGUAGCAGCCCAUCUCCCUCACCAAGCCCGGGCUCAGAGAAGUCCCCUCGCGUGUUUGGUGUCCCAAAACCAUAUACUGGACUGUAUAGUGCCAAUAGCUACAUGGCAAACCGGCCCGGUUAUAGUGGUUACAGGCGACCGAUAUCUGAGAGAACCGGUGGUACAAGCUUUGGAAAGUUGCCUGGACUUAGAAAUGAAACGUCCGAAACAGUAAAAGAUAGUGAUAAGAAAACAGUUAGUGCAUUGUCAGACACUCAUCAUUCAGAUGCUGCAAAAUGUGCCAGUGCCAAUGCCAAUACCAGUGUUGAUGCGAGGGUAGAACCCCCACGUCCUGCCCCCCGUCGUGUUUUUCAGCCACAGAGCUCGGAUACUUCUGCUCCUGCACCUGAGACCACAUCAGAACCAGUUCAGGUACUUCCAAAGCCCAUCACCAAUGAGGAAUUCCAAGCAAUGAUCCCUGCUCGGUUCCUUCAAUCAUCCUCCGCCACAGAUCCCACGCCAGAGACCCCUGGGCCCACUGUGACAGUGACUAUCAAGCAACCUGACCACUCAGCUGGGGACAUCAAAUUCCCUCCUGCCCCAACAACUCUCGGUAAAGUGACAGAGACCAUCACAAAGAGCACCUUCACCGAGACAGUUGUGACUCGGGUCACAGAGAACAAGGAGGUUCUUCCCGUCAUCAUAGAGGAGGUGACACUUGUUAAAGAGGGUGGUUCAUUAGGAUUCAGUAUUAUUGGAGGAACAGACCACUCGUGUAUGCCCUUUGGAGCAAGUGAACCAGGCAUUUUCAUAUCACAUGUGGUUCCAGGUGGAAUAGCUGCUCGGUCAGGGAAGUUAAGAAUGGGGGAUCGAAUCCUCAAAGUGAAUGGUGAAGAUGUGACCAAAUCAAGCCAUCAGGAAGCAGUGCUGAAACUUUUGAAACCUGGAGAUGAAAUAGUUCUCGCCAUCCAGCAUGAUCCCUUGCCAGAGGGCUAUCAGCUGGUCGAGGUUGAAUAUAUACAUGUCACAGAGAUGAGAAUAGUAAAGGCAGAAGGAGAGAAACUGGGAAUGCAUAUCAAAGGUGGACUGAGAGGUCAUCGUGGUAACCCAUUGGAUCGUACAGAUGAAGGUGUCUUCAUUUCCAAAAUCAACUCUGGUGGGGCUGCGAAGAGGGAUGGCAGACUCAAGGUGGGGAUGAGGCUUCUGGAAGUCAAUGGUAUUUCUCUGUUAGGUGCCUCACAUCAAGAAGCAGUAAAUGUGCUUCGGAAUUCAGGGAAUGAGAUAACGCUUGUGGUCUGCAAGGGUUAUGACAAAGCUGAGGUAGACAGGUUAUUAACAGAAGGAAAGCUCAGCAGAGAAUCCAAGUCCGUCUCUCAGAGUGUGUCUAGUCUUGAUCGUGAUGAUGAAGAUACAACUACACUGAGACAGGAACAGGAAAUGAAGCAGGAAUUGGUAGAGUGGGAAAAAGAAGAACAAGAGCGGAGAGACAAGGAAUUGGCGAUUCAGCAGGGACAGCAAAUUGUGUCUCUAGCUGAAGCAGCUAGGGAAAAGUCAACUCCAGAGAGGGUACUGGAUGUGGUGAGAGCAGCGGAGCUGCUGGUGAACAAACCUUCCAGUCCGACGGAGAUACUGGUACCAAAGUCUCCAGGUGGUCCUAAGACAGAUCUGAAAACGACCACCAUUGUAAUGAGCAAGCACACACUAGCUCCACAGUCCAGCACGUCUGUUUCUGGUGGGGCCACCCCCCUUGCUGGUGCUUCUACUACGCUUCCUCGCACGUCUCCAAAUCAAGCUAACCUGACAGCAUCCCAACAGUAUGCAACAUUGCCUUUGCAAGCGAGUAUUUCCAAAACACAAGCUUCACAACCUCAUGCAGCAGAGAAGAUGGAAAACACUCCAUCUCCAACUUCCCAACCCUCUGUACCCGCAUAUGCUUCAGCACUGGGUGAUGCUGCCACACAUCCAGUGCAGUUUAGUGCUUCCCCUGCCAAAUAUGCUACACUUCCCACACAGACUGCCUUUAUAAAUCAAGGCUCCUAUUCUGCUGCUGUUCCUGCAACAGUUCACUACACUGUUCAAGUUCCAAACUAUGGCAUCCCCCCUUUACCACAGACAGCCCCACCCCAUCCUCCCCAUGGCUUUCCACCUUAUCCUUACAAGUUGUACACAGAACAUGCCUCUUCUUCCAUUCCUUUCCCAAAUUAUUCCACUUUUCCAACCCAGACAGAUGCAGCAAAUAAAGACAAUCCAUUGAACAGCCCGCAGAUUGGUUAUAGUGCUAGUAGUACUCUCCCAGUUCAGUCUCCUUCAGUGGCAUUUAAUGUAUCUACUGAAGAAGUUGUACAACCCUCUUCACAGACUCAGUACAAACAAUAUUCCACCCUCCAAAAUUCCACUACCUCUUCAUCUGCGGAAGGAGCUGUACCACCCCGAUCACACACACUGUAUAGCCAAUAUUCUGCCCUCCCACCUUCCACUACCACUUCAUUCACUGAGACAGCCAUAUUAUCCCCACCACACACAUUGUAUAGCCAAUAUUCCAGUCUCCCACCCUCCACUGUCACACAUGAUGAGGCAGACAUUUAUUCUUCCACGGAUGACUUAUUGGAUCCUAUUACUCGCAGCCGCAAACCAAAUGCACGACUUUCUGGAAAGAAGAUUGAUCCAGUGGAGGGUGUGAACAAUGCUGAAGUGAUAAAGAAGACGUCGGUGAGCGACAAAAUGAAGUUCUUUGAGAAAGCUAUGGAAGAACAGCACCAGCCUUCUCCAAAGCCAGAAAAGGUUUUCAGCUUUUUAAGUCAGGAUGAAGUGGAACGCAUGAAGCAGGAGGAAGAAAAGAAGAUAGCUGCUCUUUCAAAAGAUGAACUCAAAAAUUGGACACAAUUAGAUGAAGCUGAGGAAGAUUAUGAUGAUGCUGAGAAUCAUACAAACAAGUCACUUGCUAGACCACCAAGUGGUAUGGGUAGCGUGCGGACUGCCAAGGCUGAGCGCAGAAUGAAAGAGAAACUGCAGCAAGAGGGGCUCUUGACUGAUGACGAUGAUGACAAGGAGUUGUCACCAGCGGAACAAAGGGCGCUGAAGGCAGAGAAGCGAGCAGCUUGGAGGCAAGCAAGGCUGAAAUCUCUGGAACAGGAUGCAUUGCAAGCACAAAUGGUCAUCAAGAAGAUGAGUGAAAUGAUUGAUUCAAAGCCAAGUAGUCAGGACCCAGGGAUUGGUGCUUCUGUACCCAAUAACAAUGGUGCAGUUACAGAUAAAGAGAAUAAUAUUGAGUUGCGCACCGCAUUACGGCCCUCUAGUGAUGAUUUUCCCAAGCUAUCUCUGCGUGCCAAAGAGGGCACAACUAAGGUGCGUGAGUCGGAGAGGGUUGUCGGGGAAACGGUGACACAACGUACAGAAGAGUACGUAGAUGAGAACACGGGGGAAAAGAAAGUCCGCACCAUAGAGUAUGUUGAAAAGCUGAUUGAGAGAGAGGUUGAGACAUUGAAGGAAAAGAUUAUUUCGUUGGAGUUAUCAAAUGCUGAAAGUGAGAAGGAAGGUGAAGACAAAGUAAAUGGUGAUGAAGAUGAAGAUGAAGAAGUAGAGGGGGAUCAUCCUACUUCUCCUGUGUCCCCAACUCCUUCAGAAGAACCUGUAGGUGGACCCAUGGGGAACAGGAAACGGAGGCGUAAACGAUCCAAGAGGGGAAAACAUUAAGUUUUUACAUCGUAUCACACAUAUCAUCACAUUCAAAUAUCACAAUAUUGUGAUAUGAAAGAUCACAUGAUUAUAAUUUAAUGUUUUUCGUGGUGGCAGGUGUGGGAUUAUAGUGAUACAACUGACCAGCAGAAGAAUAAUAAUGUGAAAGGUAUGUAUUAGGGCCAAUCAAAGAGCACUUUCCUUUGCGAUAAUUUGAUUCAUAUAAGUAAUUUUCAGACUAUUUUAACAUUGUCACUGCUGACACAAGGCUAUUUGCUGAGAAGUUACAAAAUGGUAGGAAAGAGUUAAAGCAUUUUUAAUGUAAAACAUAUGGGAAGUGUUUUAAAAAUGUUUAGUCGUAUAUAGUAAACAGUUUAGUAUUUUAAUGUGAUGGUGCUGAACAAUAAUUGGCCCCCUGCAUACCUCUCAUUUUUGUGUCAUAAUUAUUUUAUAUAUUUUUUAUAUUUGACCCAAAUAAUAUUUUUGAUGAACAUUUUUUACAAUGAUGAUCUGUUGAACACAUCACAAAUUUUAAUGGUAUGGGGAUUUGGGCUUUUUUUAUUUAAUUAACAGAUCAUUUAACACAUUCUGCUAGAAUUAAGUAUUUAACCUAACACAUUCAUGAUUCAUUUACAUGUAUUUCAUGAUAAUUGUACAAAGAAUAGCAUUUAUAUAGACAUAUUUGUAAGAAUUUAUUUAAUAACCAAUGUAGAAUACAUAUUAGAAGGUUUAACAAACUUGGGAUGAAUAAUAUUAUUAAUUGCAGUUAUGACUGGACACAUCAUCAUCAGUUUAACAGAUUAGUGUCAGUAACUUCACAGCCAUUGCUGUGAUGAGACUGCUGCUUGAUCUGAUAUUGUAUACAGUGUUGCCACUGCUACUUGUCCAUAGUAUAGAGUAAGUAUUGUCAUUCCACUGAGUGCUACUAUGACUUUGAGAGUGCAUGUACAGUGUAAAUUUUGUUGUGUCGUAGGCUCAGUCCCAUUUCAAGAUGAAGUGAACUGUUUAAUUUCAUGAAAUAAUUUUUCUUCAGUUUUCUGUGAUGUUGAUGUGGAGAAUCUGCAUUUCCUUACCUUGACAUGGUGUUUUAUGUAUUUACAGAUUUUAAGACAGAUUGUUUAAAAAUAUAUUUGCAAAGAUAUUGAUA